AUGCCAUGGACCUGGCCGCGGCCCCUUCACUCGUCCUCCGAGAGUGUAGCAGCAUCGCCGUACUCUCCAUCCAACUUCACACGACCGACCCCGAAGCCCUCCCAAGCAUCGAUCUCGAUAUCUUCGUCUUCCGAAGUUUCAGGAAACGGAAACGUUCUUCCCGAAUCUUCAAGACACGCCCACGCCCUCCCAUCCGCCCGACCUCACUACGCAUACCCCCAAGCCCGCCGACCCGCGGUGACCGAGAUCCCCGGCACGCGCCUGACACCAUGGACAUGGACGAAAUGGAUGUUCGGCUGGCGGCCCACGCCGACGUUCAAGCCGGCCCCGAUCCACGUCAACAACAACCCGUACCGGGCGCGCAAGCAGUGGCCGCCCGACUUCACCAGCAUGGACCCGAAGCAGCAGUUCCAUUUGGAAAAGACAUACCGGCGGCGCGCGGCGUUGAAGUGGGCGCGGCCGACGUGGAACAAGAGCAUCAAGUUGUUGCAGCAGACUUUGAUCACGUCUACGCUGAUUUAUUUCAUUUUCAUCUGUGAGCCGAGUCAUGGGCAAGGAACGCCGUUUGAUGGGUUCCGAGCUUGGUUCUUCGACAAGCUAGGCAGUCUGGGUCAAUUGCCUGAGUCGACGCGAGAGGAGGCCGACAAGUUGAGCGAGGAGGCCAAGAAGAAAUUGGUUCGGACUGCUGAUAUGUCGAAUUCGCCUACUGCCUCUUGA